CUCCGACAAGCUCCUGAUCUCCUCCUCCUCUCUUCUCUAGCUGGCAAUUUCUCUACCUUUCUCCGCCUUCCCCGCGACUCAUCAUCAACGGAAGAAGGAGAUGACGUCGAUCGCGGCGGCGCUCACGAGAUCCCGAUCUCGCAUAUCAUCUUCCCUCUCUACAGCGGUGAGCUAUUCCGCAUGCAUCUCUUCGUCUCCGUCGAAGAAUUCCAUCUCCGGAUCUCCCCUUUCGUCGGUUCACGGGCGCAGUUUUCAUGACUGGCGAUCCCCUCUGAGUCACCGCGCUGCCAUCCGCUCGUCGGCCGUUGUUGCGGAUCGAUUCGAACGCCGCUUCGCCACAGCGGCUUCACGGAACUCGUAUGAGGGCAUCUUGACGCCGCUGGCGAAUCCCGACGGCGGGGAGUUUGGGAAGUAUUAUAGCCUGCCGGCGUUAGAUGAUCCUAGAAUUGAUCGAUUGCCUUUUUCGGUGAGGAUUCUGCUGGAAUCGGCCAUCAGGAAUUGCGAUGAGUUCCAGGUUACGGGGAAGGAUGUGGAAAAGAUUAUUGAUUGGGAGAAUUCAGCUCCGAAGCAAGUCGAGAUCCCCUUCAAGCCUGCGCGAGUUCUCCUUCAGGAUUUUACUGGUGUUCCGGCCGUUGUGGAUCUUGCAUGCAUGCGCGAUGCUAUGAACAAUCUUGGCAGUGAUUCCAAUAAAAUCAAUCCUUUGGUCCCGGUGGAUCUUGUUAUUGAUCACUCUGUCCAGGUUGAUGUUGCAAGGUCUGAAAAUGCUGUCCAGGAAAACAUGACACUUGAAUUCCAACGCAAUAAGGAAAGAUUUGCAUUUUUGAAAUGGGGAUCAAAUGCAUUCCAUAAUAUGCUUGUAGUUCCACCUGGUUCUGGUAUAGUCCACCAGGUGAAUCUUGAAUACCUUGCUCGAGUUGUUUUCAACAAUGGAGGGAUUCUUUAUCCAGACAGUGUGGUCGGCACUGAUUCACACACAACUAUGAUAGAUGGGUUAGGUGUUGCUGGCUGGGGAGUUGGUGGGAUAGAAGCAGAAGCAGCUAUGCUUGGUCAGCCGAUGAGCAUGGUUCUUCCUGGAGUUGUGGGAUUUAAGUUAUCAGGAAAACUGAGGAAUGGGGUGACAGCCACUGAUUUAGUUCUAACUGUGACUCAAAUGCUUCGGAAGCAUGGCGUUGUUGGGAAAUUUGUAGAAUUCUAUGGGCAAGGAAUGCGUGAACUCCCGCUAGCAGAUCGGGCUACUAUAGCUAACAUGUCACCCGAGUAUGGAGCUACCAUGGGAUUCUUUCCGGUCGAUCAUGUUACCCUGCAAUAUCUGAAGCAGUCUGGCAGAAGUGAUAAAACCGUUGCAAUGAUUGAAUCAUACUUACGAGCCAAUAAAAUGUUUGUUGACCACAGUCAGGCCGAGGUAGAAAGAGUUUAUUCAUCUUAUUUGGAAUUGAAUCUGGAAGAAGUAGAGCCAUGCAUAUCUGGACCGAAAAGGCCUCAUGAUCGAGUUCCCUUAAAGGAAAUGAAAGCAGAUUGGCAGUCUUGCUUGGACAACAAAGUGGGAUUUAAGGGUUUUGCCAUUCCACCUGAAUCUCAGAAGAAAGUAGUAGAUUUUACUUUCAAAGGGGAGCCAGCUCAGAUAAAACACGGUGAUGUUGUCAUAGCAGCAAUCACUAGUUGCACGAAUACUUCAAAUCCUAGUGUGAUGCUUGGAGCUGCUUUGGUCGCAAAGAAAGCUUGUGAGCUGGGCCUUGAGGUGAAACCAUGGAUUAAGACGAGCCUUGCUCCAGGUUCUGGAGUCGUUACCAAGUACUUGGAAAAGAGUGGCUUACAGAGAUACUUGAAUCAGCUUGGUUUCCACAUUGUUGGAUAUGGUUGCACUACCUGUAUAGGAAAUUCUGGAGACAUUGAUGAAACAGUUGCUUCUGCUAUUUCUCAGAAUGAUAUUGUUGCCGCUGCGGUCUUGUCUGGAAAUAGGAAUUUUGAGGGUCGUGUACAUCCUCAUACCAGGGCAAACUAUCUUGCUUCCCCGCCACUUGUGGUAGCAUAUGCUCUUGCGGGCACGGUUGACAUUGAUUUUGACAAAGAACCCAUUGGGACUUCAAAGGACGGGAAAAAGGUUUACUUUAAAGAUAUCUGGCCAACGAAUGAGGAGAUUAACUCUGUUUUGCAAUCCAGUGUCCUUCCAGAAAUGUUCAAAGCUACAUAUGAAUCGAUUACCACAGAAAACCCCAUGUGGAAUCAACUGCAGGUGCCACUUACCAGUCUCUACACAUGGGAUGCUUCAUCAACUUACAUUCACGAGCCUCCAUACUUCAAGAGCAUGACAAUGUCUCCUCCUGGUCCACAUCCGGUGAAGGAUGCUUACUGUCUGCUAAGCUUUGGUGAUAGCAUCACAACAGACCAUAUUUCUCCUGCUGGAAGCAUUCAUAAGGAUAGCCCUGCUGCCAAAUACUUGAUGGAGCGUGGUGUAGAAAGGAAAGAUUUCAAUUCCUAUGGGAGUCGCCGUGGAAAUGAUGAGGUGAUGGCACGGGGAACAUUUGCCAACAUUCGCCUUGUCAAUAAACUAUUGAAAGGAGAAGUAGGACCCAAAACAAUCCACAUUCCUUCAGGGGAGGAACUCUCUGUUUUCGACGCUGCACUGAAGUAUAAAGUUGAUGGUCAUGACACAGUCAUCUUAGCUGGCGCUGAGUAUGGGAGUGGAAGCUCUCGUGAUUGGGCCGCAAAGGGGCCGAUGCUACUGGGGGUCAAAGCCGUGAUUGCGAAGAGCUUUGAGAGAAUUCAUCGCAGCAAUCUUGUAGGAAUGGGCAUCAUUCCCCUAUGUUUCAAAUCCGGCGAAGAUACAGAGACCCUCGGAUUAACCGGACACGAACGUUUCACCAUUCACCUCCCAAGCAACGCAGCCGACAUCAAACCCGGUCAGGAUGUCUCUGUUACAACGGAUAAUGGCAAAACCUUUACGUGCACCGUCCGAUUUGACACUGAGGUUGAGUUAGCAUAUUAUAACCAUGGUGGAAUCCUACCGUUCGUCAUCAGAAACCUGAUUACUGCUAAUCUGUAGAUUCAUUGGCAAGUGUUAGUUUUCGUUUCUUCAUAAUUAUUGUGCUCCCAUACAUGGCACCAUGUUUUAUUAUUCAUCUUGGGUUUUUUGAUUUAUGAGCCCAAGAAAAUAAACCAAGUACAGGAAAUUUUGACAUUCAGCUUAGGGAUGCCCUAAUAAACCUAAUGGUUCAGCCAUUUUUGGAAA